AUGCACGAGACAAUACGUAAUCAGUUGGAUCGAGAUGGGUUUGCCGUUUUGGAGGAUUUUCUACGACCAGCAGAAUGCGACGAGCUGGUUGCAGCGGGAAUUGAACUUACAAAACAAAUCCAAGAUGGUACCCAUAGAUCCGUGUUUUCAGCUAAUUUGGAGAAUCCCGCAACAAAGGAUAAAUAUUUCUUAGAAAGCAAUGAUAAAAUAAGAUAUUUCUUUGAAACAGACGCUCUGGAUGAAAAUGGUGAACUGAAAGUGGACCCCAGCGUUUCCCUCAAUAAGGUCGGGCACGCUCUUCACCUCCUGCAUCCAAUCUUCAGAUGUUACACAUACAGCGAUCGGGUCAAGGCCGUCUGUCAACAACUAGGUUUCACAGAACCAGCUGUCGUACAGAGCAUGUACAUUUACAAAAAUCCCGGGAUCGGUGGAGAAGUGAAGCCUCACCAGGACAUUACAUACCUACACACUGAUCCUGUCGCACCAAUUGGGUUUUGGAUUGCUUUACAAGAUGCGACAAUCCAAAAUGGUUGUCUCUGGAUGUUGCCGGGAUCUCACAAAUCAGGUGUACAUAGGAGAAUGAAGAGAACACAAGAAGGGACCCUGGACUAUGACCGACCAGCUCCAAUAUACCCACAAUCCAGUUUUACGCCAGUACCUGUCAGUAAAGGCAGCUGCGUAUUACUUCAUGGUAAUGUGGUCCACAAGAGCGCUCACAACAGUUCAGACAAGAGUCGGCACGCCUACACGUUUCAUAUUAUUGAGAGAAAGAACAACAACUUCUCACAGGAUAAUUGGCUUCAAGAGGGCAAGGAGGCACCGUUCGUAAAUAUUUACACAACUUCGCAGAUAGCAUAA